CACACAACUGACCUCCAACUGCCCGGCCGAAACUACAGCAAAUCGCUCUGGUCGUCACUGCACUCUCGCUGUCUCUUUCUCCCUCGGCACGCCAUGCGAGCCUCUCAGACCCAAGGGCCGCAGCCACUGCCGCUGCCGUUGCCGCUGCCGCCUCCUCCGCUGUGCCUGCCGUCGCCGCCCGCCGCCCCUCGCCGCGGGCGCCACCGCAGCUCGUACUCAUCCUCGUCGUCGUCCUCUUCCUCCGUCUCCAGCGGCUCAUCAACCUUCUGCCCGUCGCCGUCGCCGGCCCCGUCCCCGCGCGCCAGCACCUCCUCCCUCGUGCCCUUCUCGUGGGAGCGCCACCCGGGCGUGCCCAAGAACUCGUCCCGCGGCGACCUCGCCUCCCCCACAGGCACGCCGCUCCCGCUCCCGCCGCCGCUGCAACCGCCCUCCUCUCGCCGCCGGCGCCGGCGGCCGCGCGCCAAGCUCCCCGCCGCGUCCUCCGACGCCAACGGCGACCCCUUCGUCGCCGCCUUCGCGGAGUGCACCAGGGACGACGACGGCGAGGAUGACGAGGCGGAUCACGGCGCCGACGCCGCCGUGACCGCGGCCAAAGACAAGCAGCUCUGGCUGGCGCCGGCAAAGCCAACGGUAUCAGGCCGCGCCGGGCGUCCGUGGCGACCUGCCGGCGGCGGGUUCCUCGGCUUCCUGGACCUCUACGGGUGCAAGAGCGCCAUGGCGGUCGCCGACGGCGCCUUCCUUGCCCGCAGGCCCGUCGCAGCACGUCCCGGGGCGGCAAGCCGGACAACACGGAGAUAAGUGAACAUGCUACUAUGUGCUGGCUUGCAGGUGCUGUAAUCAUGCCUGGCAAUUACCACGCAAGAGGAAGUUUCUAGUAGUAAACUUUGGUCUUCUUCAGAUCAUCAGAUCUGUUGGUUUUGGACCGUCCUGGAAGCA